AGCAAUGCAAAAAAAUCGAAAAAAGUGAGUGAUUUUACAUAACCCAUCAGGUGAACAAAAUUAUAAUUAAAUUAUUCUUUUAAAGAAUGUUUCUUAUCGAGAAAAAAUUGGAAAAAUGAUGAAAGAUCAGAAAAUUGCACUCGAAAUUACAAAUUCAACGAGCAUUCGGCAAGACGACGGGAUUUUGAUUGUAAAAGCACCUGCUGAUGAAAAAUCUACUGACUAUUGGACGUUGUCACAUUAUAAAACGAAAAACAUUGAGCAUGUUGAUUCUAAGGACAGAUGGAAACAUGCUGAGUGUUCGAUGAAGCUUGCAAUAACCGAUCAGGCAAAGGACCAAGCGAUAUCGAGUGAGCUAAACGAAUUGGUUCAAACACUUUUCGACCGAUUUAUGAAAGAUUCAAAGAAAAAAAUUACACGUAUUUGAUAUGUAUUAUAAACAAACUAUGUUUAUAAUAGUGGUGGGAAUCAUUUAAUAAAUAAUAAAACUUUGAUUACAAUAUAUUAUGUCUAUUUACUCUGUUAACG